AAGAAAAAAAAAAUUGUACUAGUGUAUAGUUAUUAUAUUUAUAUAAUAACUCCUAGCUAGUUAUUAUUAUUAUUAAGAAGAAAAGGAAAAUAUACUACUAUAUAUUAUUAUCAUUAUGGAGGACAAAAAAAAUAACAAUUCUUCAAUGUCCUUCCCCUUGCCGGAAAAUGGUGUCUCCGAUGAGGAAAAACAGACCUCCGGUAGUGAUUCUCCGGCCAAAACACGCCGGAGAAAACCUGGGGGAUGGAGAGCUAUGCCUUAUGUUCUAGGAAAUGAGACAUUUGAGAGAUUGGCAUCAAUAGGGUUAUUAGCAAAUUUCAUGCAAUUUUUAUUACAAGUAUUUCAUUUGGACCAAGUUUCUGCCUCCAAUGUUCUUAAUAUAUGGUCUGGUGUUACUAAUUUCAUACCAUUAAUUGGUGCUUUUAUUUCCGAUGCAUAUAUUGGUCGAUUUUGGACUAUUGCUUCUGCCUCCAUUUUCGAAAUGAUGGGAAUGUUGACAUUAACCAUGAUACCUUGGUUACCUAAGCUACACCCUCCUCCUUGCAAAUUGGGCCAACAAUGCAAAAAGCCCAACAAAUCACAAAUGGGCUUUUUAGUAAUGGGCUUGGGCUUUUUAUCCAUUGGAUCUGCUGGAAUAAGGCCUUGUAGUAUCCCAUUUGGUGUAGACCAAUUUGAUUCAACAACAGAUGAAGGAAGAAAAGGGAUUGCUAGUUUUUUCAACUGGUAUUACACUUCUUUUACAUUGGUUUUGAUAAUUGCAGUCACACUUGUUGUGUAUAUACAAGAUUCAGUGAGCUGGGUGCUCGGAUUCGGUAUCCCUACGAUACUCAUUUUCUUGUCUAUCGUUUUAUUUUUCAUCGGGACUAAAGUCUACGUUCAUGUCAAGCCUCAAGGAAGUAUAUUCUCGAGCUUCAUUCAAGUUUUUGUAGCGUCUUAUAAGAAACGCAACCUAAAGCUCCCUGACAAACAUCAGAGUAGCGGUUUGGUCUUUUAUGAUCCUCUGUUACCUCAAGGGUCUAUUGUGAACAAACUCCCUUUAACCCAUAAGUACAGGUGGUUGAACAAAGCAGCGAUAGUGAUGAAGGAUGAAGUGAACAGAGACGGUGAUUGUACAAACAAAUGGAGAUUAUGCAGUAUCCAGCAAAUCGAAGAAGUGAAAUGUGUACUCAAAAUAAUCCCAAUUUGGUCUGCAGGGGUUAUCUGUUUCACAGCAAUGGCACAACAGGGCACAUUCACAAUCUCACAAGCUCUAAAAAUGGAUCGUCAUCUCGGACCUAAUUUCCAGAUCCCACCAGGUUCCCUCUCUGUAAUAUCGAUGAUUACAGUUGGGAUAUGGUUACCAGUCUACGAUAGACUCAUCGUGCCAUCGCUCACAAAAGUAACACGAAUAGAAGGUGGGAUCACAUUGCUACAUAGAAUUGGAAUCGGAAUAGCAUUUUCGAUUCUAUCAAUGGUCGUAGCUGGGAUAACUGAAAAAAUGAGAAGAAAUUCCGCCAUAACUCAUAAUAGCCCUGAUGGGAUCGCACCAGUUACAGUAAUGUGGUUAGCUCCACAGCUAGUGUUAAUGGGAUUCGCGGAGGCGUUCAACAUACUUGGACAGAUUGAAUUUUACAAUAAGGAAUUCCCCGAAAACAUGAGCAGUGUGGCUAAUUCUCUGUUUUCAUGUACUGUUGCUGGUGCAAGUUACAUAAGCAGUUUACUAGUGAACGUUUUGCAUAACACUACAGGAGGAAAUGGACAUCUAGAUUGGUUAACGAAUGAUAUUAAUAAGGGUAGAGUAGACUAUUACUACUAUCUUAUCGCGGGGUUAGGUGUGUUGAACUUGUUCUAUUUUCUAUAUGUUGCUAGUCGAUAUGAGUAUAAGACUAGAGUAGUGGUGGAUGAUCGAAUUAAGGGUUAUGGUGAUGAUCAUGAACUUCAUGACAUGAAGUAUUAAGGGAUUUGUGGUUAAAUUGUAACUAGUACUUGAUUAACAUAUAGUAUUACUAGGUUAAAAAAUAAGAGAUGUAUGUACACAUAUAAGAAUAAGAUAUGGUUUUUUUUCUUUGUAUUGGA